CGGGGCGGCGCGGCGCGGCGGCCGCGCAUGGCCCAGCGCGCCGGCCCGGGCUGCCUCGGCCGGCUCCGGCGCGGGGUCGCGCGGCUCCCGGCCGCCUGGGCGCGGCGCUCCGGCCGCCUCCUGUGCCUGGCCGCGUCCUCGGCCGAGCGCGGGCCCGCGCCGCCCCGCGGUGGCGGCGGCGGCCCCGGCGGCCCCGGCGGCCCCGGCGCGGGGGGCCCCCCCCAGCCCGCCCGCCCCCCGCCUCCCCGCCGCCGCCGCUUACAACUUGGAGGCGGCGGCGGAGGAGGCGGCGGCGGCGGCCGCCGGGCGCUGCAGUGGGACGCGCGCGGCUGCGAGCCUGCGGGACAUGCCCCCCGCGCCGGCUCCUUGCUGGCGGCCAUGAAGAGGCAGAACGUGCGGACUCUGUCCCUCAUCGUCUGCACCUUCACCUACCUGCUGGUGGGCGCCGCGGUCUUCGACGCCCUCGAGUCGGACCACGAGAUGCGCGAGGAGGAGAAACUCAAAGCCGAGGAGACCCGGAUCAAGGGGAAGUACAACAUCAGCGGCGAGGACUACCGGCAGCUGGAGCUGGUCAUCCUGCAGUCCGAGCCGCACCGCGCCGGCGUCCAGUGGAAAUUCGCCGGCUCCUUCUACUUUGCCAUCACGGUCAUCACCACCAUCGGUUACGGGCACGCGGCCCCGGGCACCGACGCGGGCAAGGCCUUCUGCAUGUUCUACGCGGUGCUGGGCAUCCCGCUGACGCUGGUGAUGUUCCAGAGCCUGGGUGAGCGCAUGAACACCUUCGUGCGGUUUCUGCUGAAGCGCAUCAAGAAGUGCUGCGGCAUGCGGGACACGGGGGUGUCCAUGGAGAACAUGGUGACCGUGGGCUUCUUCUCCUGCAUGGGGACCCUGUGCCUGGGCGCCGCCGCCUUCUCGCAGUGCGAGGAGUGGAGCUUCUUCCACGCCUACUACUACUGCUUCAUCACGCUCACCACCAUCGGCUUCGGCGACUACGUGGCGCUGCAGACCCAGGGCGCGCUGCAGCGGAAGCCGCUCUACGUGGCCUUCAGCUUCAUGUACAUCCUGGUGGGGCUGACGGUCAUCGGGGCCUUCCUCAACCUGGUGGUCCUCAGGUUCCUGACCAUGAACAGCGAGGACGAGCGGCGGGACGCCGAGGAGCGGGCGUCGCUGGCCGGCAACCGCGCCAGCGUGGUCCUGCACCUGGCCGAGGAGGCGCGGCGCGGCCGGGCGCGGGGCAAGGCGGACGUGAGUGACCUGCACUCCGUGUGCUCCUGCGCCUGCUACCGGCCGCCCGAGCUGGGGGGCCGCCUGGCCCUGCACCCCAACUCCUUCAGCGCCAAGCUCGCCCCCCACUACUUCCACUCCGUCUCGUACAAGAUCGAGGAGAUCUCGCCAAGCACACUGAGGAACAGUCUCUUCCCGUCGCCCCUCAGCUCCCUCUCCCCCGGGUUACACAGCUUUACCGACAGCCACAGACUCGUGCGGAGACGCAAGUCUGUGUAGGCGCGGGGG